AGCUGCCUCCACCUAACCUCCCACCGUCGUCCCGCGCUGUGCAUCCUCCGUUUCCUUCUCCUGUUUGUUUCCGGACAAACCGGAGGAAAAGCAGACGAAAAGGAAAGAAAAGAGAAAGAAAAAAGAAUUCGGCGGUUCCUCUCUCAAGUGUCAUUCAUGGCGGUCAGGGCAACGAUGUCACGGUUCCCAAUGGACCCCGACGCCCAAGAAGGCUCGGGACUACCGUGGGGUGUCACGGUCACGCCGUUCGCCACCAAGGAUGAGAACGGAAAUUCUCCGGUAUACGGAUCGGACGGCCAUCUUCUACCGCGAUGCGAGAAUUGCUGGGCUUACUUCAAUACUUACUGUGAACUCGAACAGUGGGCUUGGAAUUGCUCUCUCUGUGGAACCCUCAACGGCCUCACAUCUGAGGCCAUUACUCGCUACUCUCAACCUCAGUCGUGUGCGGAGAUGAUGUCGUCAUUCAUAGAUCUCGAAUUGCCUGUGGAAGGAUCGGAGGGAGAAGCUAUGCAGGCUCGCCCAGUAUAUGUUGCAGCCAUUGAUCUAUCUUCUUCAGAAGAGUUUUUGGAACUCAUUAAAAGCUCUCUAUUAGCAGCAUUGGAAGCUCUUGGGCCUGGAGCACUGUUUGGGCUUGCUACAUUUAGCCACAAAAUAGGGUUGUAUGAUGUUCAAGGGCCUGUACCAGUUGUAAAGAAUGUUUUCGUCCCUGCAGAUUCAGAUGCAAGCCUGCCUAUUGAGCUUGAAGAUGUUAUGCCUUUGUUGUCAUUUUUGGCUCCGGUGGAAACUUGUAAGGACCGUAUUGCAUCUGCACUUGAAACACUAAAGCCAACUACUUCAUGGGAAAGAACCUCAGCUGCAGGUCAAGGACUAGAUGGCAUUUUGUUGGGUGGCCGAGGUUUUGGAGUGGCAAUGGAAGCCCUUUUUAAUUACCUUGGUUCAGAAUAUGGAAGUACAUUUGCCUUAGCUAGGGUCUUUGCCUUUUUGUCUGGUCCUCCUGACUAUGGAGCUGGCCAACUAGAUACAAGACGGUAUGGUGAGCAAUAUGCUAGUAAAGGUGAGGAUGCAGAUCGAGCUUUGCUUCCUGAGCAGACACCAUUCUACAAAGAUCUGGCUGCUGUCGCUGUUCAAGCAGGUGUUUGUGUGGAUAUAUUUGCUGUUACAAACGAGUAUACGGAUUUGGCAUCCCUAAAAUUUCUUAGUAUUGAAAGUGGAGGUUCACUUUUUUUGUAUUCCAAUACUGAUGAUUCCACACUCCCUCAGGACAUGUAUCGCAUGCUAAGUCGACCAUAUGCUUUUGGUUGUAUAUUGCGAUUAAGGACGUCUUCUGAAUUCAGACCUGGAAAUUCUUAUGGUCAUUUCUUCCCAGAUCCACAGUACGAAAAUGUGCAACACAUUAUUUGUUGUGAUUCUUAUGUCACAUAUGCCUACGAUUUUGAUUUUGCCAACACUACUGGGUUUUCCAGACAUACGUCAGAACCUCCCAUGUUACAGAUUGCAUUUCAAUACACUGUUGUUGUGCCCCCUGAUGAACUUUCAACUCCAGGAUCAGUUUCUGCAAGUAGACCCAAGCAUUGUCUGAAACGGCGACUGAGAAUUCGGACAUUGCAAUAUUUAUCUGCUCAAAAUAGCAGUGAACUUUAUGACAGUGUUGAUCCUGAAGUGGUUCUAUCAGUGCUUGUUCACAAGGUUAUAUUAGCUUCUCUGGAGCAAGGAGUUCGGGAGGGAAGGAUGUUGCUUCAUGAUUGGCUUGUAAUCCUCAUAGCUCAGUACAAUGAUGCUUAUAAACUUCUUCAAUACAGGAAUGGAAGCUCAACAACUGCUCAUGUUGAUGUGGCUUUCUCACAAUGUCCACAACUGCAGCAUCUACCUCGCUUAGUAUUUGCUUUGCUUCGAAAUCCUCUUCUUCGCUUCCAUGAAGAAGGUGUACACCCUGACUACAGGAUCUACCUGCAGUGCCUCUUCAGUGCAUUGGAACCAAGUUCCCUUCACCGUGCAGUAUAUCCAGUACUAACAUCAUAUUCUACUCCUGAUAAACAAGCAUAUCCACGCCACUCAUUGAGUCGUGCUGCCCUGAUAACCAGUGGUAGCCCAAUAUUUUUCCUCGAUGCAUUCACAACUCUAAUUGUGUUUUAUUCUUCAACAGCAGACCCUAUACUUCCUUACCCCCCACCUCAUGAUUGUUUAUUGCGCACUACAAUCAACAAAUUGAAGCAAGAGAGAAGUAUCACUCCAAAGCUUCUAUUUAUCCGGGGAGGGCAGGAUGAUGCUACGGCAUUUGAGAAUUAUCUUAUCGAGGAACAGGAUGUUGAGGGAAGUGGUCUCACUAGUGUCAUGGGUUUUGUUUCCUUUCUGGAGGAUAUUACCCGCAGCGUCUUGGAAUACAUGAAAUAACAGAAAGAAAACCUGUACCUGGAUCUCAACUGGCAGCAACUUACAGGCUACAGGAGGGUGCAACUAGACAUUCAUCAAGGAUGCUUGAAUCAGUGAAGUACUGGGCAGAGUUUUGAUAUGAACUACUUGUAUUUGUUGUUUCAACAGUUUCAGGCAAAUCAAGACUGAGAAGUUCCAUACUAAUGCAGGAAUACCCAGUUUCUUUUGUUGCAGGUUGCCCCUAGUACAAAUUAUAUAGAUCUUAGUGAGUGGCACAUACAGUUUUUGUACUUAUAUAGCCGCCAGUGUUUCUGAUUACAACCUCAAAAUAUAGGUGACUCCAAUUGCGCUAGCACCAGUUGCUUUCCGUUAGUUCCUCUGUUUUUCCAUAUUGUGAGGAAUUCAUCAUUCUGCCAAAAACCAAAAUAAUUUAUUUGUUCAUAGUUGAGUUAUAUUGAUAGUAAGACUCGGAAUGUUCUGAAAUUGGAAUCCUGGGGCUCAUUGCUCUGUAUUCAAGUUUGUUGUUUCGUACC